AUGUUUGCACCGGGUAUUGCCGCAGUCAGAAAGAACGGCGCUUCUUCUGCUAACGCGUCUCUUUUGACAUCCAGUCUGCACCUAGGACUUUCGUCUUGUGAGUGGUCCACUGUUCUCAACGCAUCUGUUUUCUCACGCGUCUUGCUAACCGGCCAGUCUACGCCUCUUUUGUCAACCAGUCUUUUUUCUCAUGUGUGGUGUACUGACUACAACUUUUCUGCCUGCUCUCCCUCAUCAGCAGCCAUGGCCCGCACCAAGAUGACCACCAAGAAGUCAAACGGUGGCUCAGCGCCACGCGUCCUCCUCAAGGCCUCAAGAACACGUGUUUCUGGAGGACAAGGCCAGCGCAAGAAGGCUUCGUCUACUACCAAGGGUACCUUACCUGUGGGAGGUGGCGACUUAGAGAAGAGUUUUGUUCACAAUGAGGUGCAUCUAGCUUUUGCAUCAUCUGCAGGGACGGUGCAGAGCGCUCUGAAGAGAAUACUCUCUUCAUGUGUAUUUGUUGCCAUAUCAAGAUGGAACAACGCGGCGCCUACUUUGGUUUCUAUAACGCCAAUGGCCUUCCAUUGUUGGACAGGUUCUUGGCCAUCAAAGGCGCACUUGAGGUGUCCGAGCAAGCCGAAAUAUCGGCUGCUCCUGUCCUCUUCAUCCACCUUAUCCUCGUCGGCUUCCAUCCAGCUGCUAGCCCUUUUGCGCUCGCUCACACAUUCCUCAAGCCUUACUUCUCUGGUGCCAGCAUUCGAUAGAUACCUCGAGAUCUACUACGACAUCGCUACGGAUGCCAAGCUUGCCCCCUACCGAAAUCAAGUGCGCCAGAUGAUCAAAGGUUUGGGGAAAUCAUUUGUCUGGGAGCGUGUCGUCAUUGGCGUGUCCACUCACACUGACAACCAAUAUGGAGACCCUUUUACCGGGUAUGGGGAUGAUGAUCCAACGGCCUAUGUCAGCACUCCGGUCAAUGAUUUCUUGGAAAUUCUUCUCCACCCCUGGCAAGGUAUAAUCGACCAAGCUGAGGAAUCAUACCUGUGGAUGCUGUGUUGCGGCUCAGUUGUCACCAUCUCCGAGUCAUUCCUUGGCUUGCAAGACGCCGUUCUUCGACACAACUUGACCGCUACCAUGGCAUUCAAUGCCCCUCGCUUUCAACCAUCUUUCGCCUCUCAUUUGCUCCUCGCAUUCACAGAGAAGGUUCUCAUUGGAUGGUGCCCAAUUCGGUUGGCAUUCAAGGAUAUGCUUGCGCAGUCCUGUGACCUUGGCCGCCACUCUGACGUAUUUCUGCUGACACCUGUCAUGGAGGGAGCCCUCAAGAUCUCUAGGUUUGCAUGGGCUCAUUUGGAGUUCUGUCCAUGGGGCAACCACCUGCCUAUCCAAUGCAGUGGAUGUGGUUGGGCUAAUUCAUGGCGGUCUGCCUUUGUCAAUGGGAGCAAGGACAAGAGUUACAUUUUUGAGUGCAAAAAUGACUCUUGCAAUGCUGUUUUGGAUGAGCACGAGAUUUCCUAUGUUUCAGCUAAAGGAAACCCUGCUGAGAGGGCACAAAUCCUCAAAAACAUCAAAGAUACUAUACUUGAAAGCAACGAGGCUAAGGAUCCUUCGACUAUGCUUCCAGGCAAUAACGUUCGGAAGGCUAUCCGUACAUAUUACUUGCGUUUUCUGGAGGACGACGAGGACCGUGAUCUUGAGCAAAAAAUCAUCGAGGGAGCUCAUAAACUCACAUCUGGUGCAGGCAUCAUCACUGUAGAUAUGGUCAAAGACCAUCAGGAUGAUAAGCCUCUGGAUGCUGCAGCAUUCAAGACUGAAUUCUCGACUUUUGAUGUCGCUCAGAAAUUGUUCAAAGAAGAAAUUGGGGAGUAUGACAAGAAGCACCGUGACACCUCUGACCUAAGGUCCAUGGGGACAAGGACAAAGCUGGUCCAGUCCUGGUACAAUGCCCUGUCACCAGAUGUACAUGAGGAGCUCAGACUUGUGGCAGAAAAGUGGAACCAGGAAGGUGCUCAUUCCGACGCCAAGGACAGAUACCGCAGCCGACACCAGAAGAAAAUCAUGGAGGACUUCAUAAAGAUGGCAGGAAGAACUAUGGGUUUACAUGUCGUCAUGCUCGUAGCUCAUGAUCGAGGGGAGGGCAAAAUGCCUGGAACAACCAUCUGGGAAUCCUGUCCCAGGACAGCGAAGAAAACUUUUACUCUGGCUUCCAAAGAAAACAAGAAAUGGGCUGGAGAGUCGCAAGACCGACUUGCUGACUGGCUGAAUGAAGCCGAGUACACGACAGACAUAGACCCUGAGGACCAAUCUGACGAGGAAGAUGAGAAGUUGCCCGAUUUAACAGUGGAUGUAGACGAUGAGGGCUAUCCUUGCCUACCAACAGGCUUUGAAUCUCUCAUGCUCAAAAACCAGCAGAAGGUCGUACGAAAGGUAUUUCAAAAGGCUUAUGCGGUCAUCUCAAACAACCCUCGGGCUGCAGUCCCCUGGGGUCAUAUUACCCAAGAUCCAGACCAUUACCUUGACAUGGACUGUAUCCCUCGGAAUGUCGUCAUCAAGGAUCCUUCUCACCUGCAGAAGGAAGCUAUCAGUAUGAUUUUUUCACUUUGGAAAUAUCGUGCUAACCGUAAUGAACCAAUUGUACGGUUUGUUGGGUAUAAGGAAGGUGACUUCUAUGAUUCACUGGCUAAGAAGGGGGAUGUAAGUAAAAAAUCAAGGAAGAACCGAAAAUAUGUCGAAGUAUCAUCGGAUGAGGACGAGGUACUGAAGAAGACCCCCCAAGCCAAUCUUUCUUCUGACGAAGAGGAAGACUUGGAACGCCACACCCCAUCUCUUUCCAAUUCCUGCCCGAAAUUCCAUAUGGGUGGUGACACAUUCAAAAACUUUCCAACACACAAACUCCAGAUCCUAAGGGCAAGGCUAGAAAGCAACAUCUGCCUGUCUGGGCAUCUUGGACGUGGUCUGAGGCAUAUCUACCUCAAAAUAUGCACAAUGAUAUUCAGGCUGUCCGUUGUGGCUUUGGAGGAACUAGGCAACUAUAUCAUCAAAUCCCGUGGUUGGGGUAUGAUUGUUGUCCUGGGCCUUGGACUCCUCCUUCGUGAGUGUCGCUGCACUCAGGAGUAUGAAGCAGAUGAGGCUGGAGAUGAUGUACCUCAAUAUUUGGGCGGCUCCAUCCUUGGCAUCGAGGUAGGGGACAAGGUUGAAGAGGCAAUUACCAGAAUCCAGGUGAAGGUGGACGCAAUGCUUCCAGAUGGUAAUGAGAAGCAGAUGACAGUGGGGGAAGAAGUUCAUAUGAGGCGUCUGGAGAACAAAAGGCAGGUGAAAGAGAGGAGGGAGGUGGAGCAGGCAAGGGUGGCAGAGGAAAAGAGGGUGGCUGAGGAGGCUCGGGUUGCUGAGGAGAAGAAGGCUGCUGAGGAGAAGAGGGUUGCUGAGGAGAAGAGGGUUGCUGAGGCAUCUCGGAUCACUGAGGAGAGGGCUGCCACAUCAAAGAAGGCAAGCAGUACUAACACUGGGGGAAAAGGGAAGGGUAAACGCCCAGCAACAGAUGUGGAUGAUUCAGUCAUGAAAAAGGUGAAGACAUCUGCUCCUCCUAAUCCUCCUCGUCGCUCUGCCAGAGACAAAGUAGCUUCAAAGAAGUAUAAGAACUGA